CUGGUGGUACAUGCUGAGUCAGUCUUCAUGGUGCUGUGAGAGGAGGUCAGAACGCCCGACAUGGAUGUCCUGACCUAUGAUGAUGUACAUGUGAACUUCACUGGGGAAGAGUGGGCAUUGCUGAAUCCUUCUCAGAAGAGUCUCUACCAGUGUGUAAUGCUGGAGACCUGUAGGAAUCUCAGCGCUAUAGGAUACAUUUGGAAAGACCAUACUACUGAAGAAUAUUGUAAAAGUUCUGGAAGACUUGGAAGGUAUGAAAGAAGUUCUAAUGGAAAGCAAACCUUUGAUUUUAUUCUGUAUGGUAAUGGCUUUGCAGUUCAGAGUCAUACCCAAAGGCAUAAUGCAGAGGAGCCCUAUGAAGGUAACCUAUGUGGUAAAGCAUUUGUACAGAGGAAUAAUCUCAAAACACAUAAAAGGACACAUAAUGGAGAAGAACCUUCUGAAUGUAACCCAUGUUGUAAAGGUUUUGUAAGAAGCAGUGCUCUCCAAAAUCAUGAAGGAACACAGACAGGAGAGAAACUCUAUGAAUGUAAUCAAUGUGGUAAAGCCUUUGCACAAAGGAGUAGUCUCAAAAGACAUAAAAGGACAUGUAAUGGAGAAAAACGUUAUAAAUAUAACCAAUGUCGUAAAGCCUUUGUCCAAAACCAUGGUCUCCAAAAACAUAAAAGAACCCAUACAGUACAGAAACCCUAUGAAUGUAACCAAUGUGGCAAAGCCUUUGCAAAGAGCAGUACUCUCCAAAACCAUAAAAGAACACACACAGAAGAGAAACCCUAUGAAUGUAACCAAUGUGGCAAAGCCUUUGAAGGAAGCAGUCAUCUCCAAAGCCAUAUAAGAAUUCAUACAGGAGAGAAACCCUACGAAUGUCACCAAUGUGGCAAAGCCUUUGCACAGAGCAGUCAUCUCCAAAGACAUAUAAGAACUCAUACAGGAGAGAAACCCUACGAAUGUAACCAAUGUGGCAAAGCCUUUGCCCAAAGCAACAAUCUCCAAAACCAUAAAAGAACACACACAGGAGAGAAACCCUACGAAUGUAACCAGUGUGGCAAAGCCUUUGCCCGAAGCAACAAUCUCCAAAAUCAUAAAAGAACACACACAGGAGAGAAACCCUAUGAAUGCAACCAAUGUGGUCAAACCUUUGCAUACAGCAGUACUUUCCAACAACAUAAAAGAACACACACAGGAGAGAAACCCUAUGAAUGUAAUCAAUGUUGUAAAGCCUUUGCAGGAAGCAGUCAUCUCCAAAGCCAUAUAAGAACUCAUACAGGAGAGAAACCCUAUGAAUGUAACCAAUGUGGCAAAGCCUUUCCACACAGCAGUAGUCUCCAACAACAUAAAAGAACACACACAGGAGAGAAACCCUACGAAUGUAACCAAUGUGGGAAAGCCUUUGCCCAAAGAGGCAAUCUCCAAAUUCAUAAAAGAACACACACUGGAGAGAAACCCUAUGAAUGUAACCAAUGUGGCCAAACCUUUGCAUACAGCAGUAGUAUCCAACAACAUAAAAGAACACACACAGGAGAGAAACCCUACGAAUGUAACCAAUGUGGCAAAGCUUUUGCACAAAGAAAUACUCUCCAAAUACAUAUAAGAACUCAUGCAGGAGAGAAACCCUAUGAAUGUAACCAAUGUUGUAAAGCCUUUGCAUACAACAGUAGUCUCCAAAAACAUAAAAGAACUCACACAGGAGAGAAUCCCUAUGAAAGUAAUCAAUGUUGUAAAGCCUUUUCAGGAAUUAGUCAUCUCCAAAGCCAUAUAAGAACACAUACAGGAGAGAAACCCUAUGAAUGUAACCAAUGUGGCAAAGCCUUUGCAGAAAGCAGUUAUCUCCAAAGACAUAUAAGAACACAUACAGGAGAGAAACCCUUUAACUUUAACCAAUGUUCCAAAGCUUUCUCACAAAGCAGUGGUCUCUAAAAUCUUAAAAGUACACGUACAGGAGCAAAACUUUUUUGAAUGCAUCCAUUGUGGUUUUAUAACAUUUAUACAAAGCAGUGACCUCCAAAUACAUAAACAAUCACAUACAGGAGAGAAA